UUUUCUUACAAUAAUAACGCAAAACUCAAAAACCUCUCAGAGACAGUGAGAGAGACAAAGAAAAAAAUGGCGAGAAAUUCAAUUCUGAGCAGCCACCGCCAAGUUCUGCGUCAAAUCAUUGGUUCAAAUUCUCGAUCCUUCCAAACUCUAAUUCCAUCUCCUCCAACUCCAAUUCCAACUCCAACCUCAUCUCUCUUCUCUCCGGUUCCUCCUAAACCCUUCCCCUCCGGUUCCUCCAUUCUCUCCGGUUCCUCACGCGUUCACUUCUCCGACCUUCCUUUCUUCCAAUUUCGACCUCUCUCCUCUCCCUCAGGUCCAUCAAACAUUGUCCUCGUUAAUUCAGAAAAUGACUUCAAUAGUUCACUUAGCAAAGCUCAAGACGACUCGGUGCCAGCAAUUUUCUAUUUCACUGCAGUUUGGUGUGGGCCUUGCAGGUUCAUUGGCCCUAUCAUCGGUGAGCUGAGUGAGAAAUAUCCUCAUGUGACGACUUAUAAGAUUGACAUUGACCAGGAAGGCCUUCAAAGCAUAUUAAGCAAGUUAAAUAUUACCUCCGUGCCAACACUUCAUUUUUAUCAAAAUGGGAAAAAGGCUGCUGAAGUGAUUGGAGCUGAUGUUGCUCGCUUGACGAACACCAUGGAAAAACUCUACAAGACUGAUUGAAGAUUCCAGUCAGGGAUUGAUGGCAGAUGAUUAUGUAAUUUGACAUAUUUGUAAGUUUUUAAAGAAAACUUCAGAAAUUGAUGGAAACCAUGUUUCUGGUCAGGUUCAGCCUUUCAAGUACUUCUUAGGCCCACAAGGUUUUUAUUUUCAUGAAGUAAAUACUGUAUAUGAAUUGGAUUUGACGAGAGGAAGGACCUACGCAAUUGGACUGUGCACAAAGUAGUGGUGUCGUCAAUAGCAGUUAUUGUUGCAUGGCCUAGGCAAAAGGGAGAAAACAAUUUUGGGCCGAAGUCCUGGUCCCAAAUUAAUUAGGAUGCCGCUAA